AGGGUUGCUGUUCUUGCUAGGGUUGCUGCGGCGGCUUGAGUGACGUAGGGAUACUGUUAAUGCGUUCUCGGGUCGCUCGGCAUACAGUAUCCCCUGGCUUUUGUUUAGUGCGAGUGCUUUUUCUGCUUUUCGUUCCGGGUGCCCUACCUCCGCCCGCACGUGUCUUCGCAGCCUGCAAACCAUGAAUCUCAACCAUCCAUUACUCAUCCACUUGACCCCGUCCUAGUCGCCAUGGAAAUUUCGACUUCAUCGCGGCGCGCCUUCGUACCGCGCGCUACAGGCGAGCCUGCCUCCUCUCUCGCAUCUCUCCCCACUGUCGCCUCCGCACCUCCCACCGCCGCUUCCGGCGUCUCUGGCGCCGCCUCUAGGGAAGAUUCCGUCGCCGCGGCGUCGAAUCCCGGAUGCUCUAAUCCGGGCACGCGGUGGCGGGCAGCCGGGCAGCGAAAGAAAAAGCCGCCGAGGACCGUAGGGCAGGGGAAACGGGCAGCAGAAGAGAUGGAAGAGGAUAGCGAGGGGGAGAGCGAGGGGGAAGAGGAGGAGGGAGCAGAGGGAGGCGAGACGAAAAAGCAAACAAGAAACGGGGCUCAAGUGCGGCCAUUCCUUUCACCUGGACUGCAUCGGCUCCGCCUUCAACGCCAAGCGCCGCAUGCAGUGCCCCAACUGCCGCAGCGAGGAGCACGGCCACUGGCUCUUCGCGUCCGGCCCCUCGGGCCCCUCUCGCCCGCCCCCGGCUCUGCUGCUGACAUUGCCGCUGCUGCCAUUUCUGCUGGCUUGGAUGCCGCUGCUGUGGCUGAUUUCGCUGCUGCAGCGGGGGUGGAGGGGUCGUUGGAGGAAUACGCGUUUGAGGAGGAUCCGGAGCUGUUUAUGAGGCAUGUGCAUGAGGUGGACCUGCCCGCUGCCCCCUCCGUCUCCCUCCUUGUGUCCCAAUCCAAUCUCUUCCUGCUAUAUACCCAUGUGUCCACGACGACCCAGCUCUACGAGCCAGGCCCGUUCAUCUUCACGCGGCACGGGUUGAGUGCUGCAGACGUGGAGAUGUAUCACAAUGCCGGUCAUUCGUCUCAUGCAGGUUACACGGGCGCCUAUGGCGCCUCUCUCCCGUCGGUCCAUCUUUGGACGCGGUACGACCCCCAUCGAUACAAUCACCACCAGCUUGAGCAUGCCAUGCAUGUCAUGCCAUCGAUUCCUGAUGAUGCUCGUCUCUUUGGUUGGCGUGCAGGUGGGGGAGGAGGAGGUGGAGAAAGAGGAGGAGAAGGAGGAAGAGGAGGUAGAGGAGACGCUGCAACUGCCGGGGUAGAGGGAGGGGGAGGAGGGUGGCAGGAAGUGAAUACAGGCGCUGCAAGGGAAGGACGGUGGCUGGGAGCAGGAAGAAUCGGAUGGGAAACCGAUCCUUCCAACCCCGCCCUUCCCCUCAACCCCUCCUAUUCUCCGUAUCCCUCCAACCCUUCCCAUCCCGCCAGUUCUUCCCACCCCCUCCCUCCGCCUACCCAUCCGCAUGCCUCUGGGUGCCCCUACCUUGCGGCAGCAGCUGCUGCAUACUCUGCUGCCCCACCCCCUUCCUCUUCCCAUUCCGUUCACCCUCCUCCCUCUGCCUAUGGCGCUGGCCUCUCCUCCUUGGCACAACCAUCAGGACCACAACCGCAUCCUCCCCCCCUCCCUCGUGCACAUGCCCCCUCUGCCCCCUCUGCUCCCUCGGCUCCUUUUUACCACCCGCUCUUCCCCUCCCCUUCCCACCAGCACCAGCACCAGCACCAGCACCACCCCCUAGCCCACCGCACGCACCACCAUCCGUCUUCCUACCCAUCCGCCCCGGGCGGGGUUUCUGGGGCAAAUGCCGGCCAGCCUAUGGAGUGGGACAAUGCCACCCCUGCUGCUGCCGCCGCUGCCGCUGCUGCUGCUGCAGCUGCCACUGCUGGUGCUCUUGCUGCUGCUGCCACCGCUGGUACUGCUGGCGGUGGUGCUGCUGCUGGCGGUGGGGGUGUUAACGAUGCAUGGGGUGCGCGUGCUGCAGGGGGCGCUAGGCCCUGGUGGCAGGAGGGCUUUCCUCCCUCUAGCAUACCGCGAGGCAGGAGAAGGGUGGGAGUGUGGGAGGGAAGACCAGUACUGGCCGAUGGUGACUAUAACGAAUGGAUGAGGGGAACGAGGGAGCGGGAACUCGCGCCCGCCCCUUCCUCCCUCUCUCCACCACCCCCUCCUCCUCUCGAUCCCUCUGCACCUCUCUCCCAUCCUCUCCAGCGCGCCAUGGCUCCUUCCUCUCUUCCUUCUCCUCCCCCCCCAUCCGCCUAUUACUCUCGCACACGUUCCUUGCCGCCGCAGCAGGCCAACUACACAGCAUCAGGCGGCGCAGAGAUGGAGAGUCGUGGCUUCUCGGCAUUUCCCCAUGAGGCAGGGGCUGUGGGAGGGAGAGCGGGUGUGGGGGGGAGAGGGGGUAGGGAGGGUGGUUCGGGAGGGGGUGAGGUGGGAGGGUGGAGCUGGGGGUCAGAAGCGGGAGAAGGAGCAGCAGGCGUGGGCAGCGCCGAUGGUGCCAGUGCUGGUGCUAAUGCUGGUGCUGGUGGCAGUGGUAGCGGUGGUACGAGUGCGGGCAAUUGGCGGUGGCAGGCCGAGUCCCCAGGCGUGCUCUCUCAGCAUGGUCACUUUACCGCACCUCCUGGUGCCAAUCCUCCUUCCUGCACUCCUCCCUCCACUGCGUCUCCACCCGGUCACUUGCCUCUCUUUUCUGUGCCGUCCCUGCCGCAAGCCCCAGGGGCCUCGCCUUCGCCCUCUUCGACCGUGCAAGCUCCAGGAUCCUCCUCCUCGUUGGCCUCGCACGUCCCGCGAGUCUCUCGAAUGCGUUAUUCCCAGCGUCCAGGGCCCUUCGCUGGCGGGGCCCCUUUCACCCCAGCGGCGGCUGGUUACCCUAGGGAGCCUGCUGGUUACUCUGGGGACCCGUCUACCCCCGCCGGUUUCUCCCCGGAUCCGUUCGCCUCUUUUGGGCUCAUGGGAAACGCCUCUGCUGCUGCACCUUCCCCUGGGCCUGCACCCCUCUCUCUGGCUUCUCCCUGCCCUCCUGCGUCCACGGGGCCAGCAGCAAGAGCAGGAAGAGCAGCAGGGGGGAGGACGGACAUGGGAUCGUCAGGGCAGAGGCAGCCAGAGGUGAUCGAGUUGGACGAUGACUCGGACAUGGAAAGGGGACCUGGAGGGUGGGGGGGGCGAGGGGGAGGUGGAGGAGGAGGAGGCGGAGGCGGCGGAGGAGGCGGGACAGCAAGGUGGGGAGGAGGGGAGUGGGAAGGGGCGUGGAGGGUUGAGGCAAGAGCAACAAGGCAUGAGGAGGGAUGGCACGGGGAGGCGGUGGGGGGAGGGCAGGGCAGGUCGUUUCUAAACCCGCUGGCUGCUCCGUUCAGCAGUCAUGGGACAGUUGCAGGUGCAGGGGGCAGCAGAACACCCAACCCCCAUCCCAACCUCAGCUCCAAUCCUAACCUGGACCCACACCGUAGCUCGAGCUUCAGGCAUGGGGCCAUGAAUAGGGGUACAAUGCCAGGAGGAGCAUCCAGUGGUUAUGCUGAUGCUGGUGCUGCCGGUGCUGCCGGUGCUGGUGCUGGUGCUGGUGCUGGUGCUGGUGCUGGUGCUGGUGCUGGUGCUGGUGGGCGUUUGAGUGCUGCGCCUGCGUCAGCAAGGGGGUGGAUGGCACGUGGGCGUCCCACAGGACUGGCAUCAUCGCUGUUUGAGCCUCAGGGGAACGAGUUCCGAUGCCUGCUGUGCCCGCCCUCCUCCUCCUCCGUUGCCUCCACGUACACACGCCACCCCUCCCUCCUCCCUCACCGCACCCACUUCCCUGACCUACCUCGCCUGAGGGAUCACAUGCUGUUGCGACACGGCAUCGACCCCAUGCCUACCCAUGCCCCUCUCGCCCUGCUCUGACCUGCCCUCUUCCACCGCACAGCACCACCUGCCACCCCUCCCUCCUCCCUCACUGCACCCUCUUUUUUCUGAUGUGGCUUGUUAACAAAAUCAUAUGCAACUCGGCAUCGAACCCAUGGCGGCUAACGCUCCUCUGGCCUUGCUGUGACCUGCCCUUCUCCAUCUCUCAGCACCGCUCUGGAUAUACUCUAAACCCGAAACCUUAAACCCGAAACCCAUGCACUGUUAUCCGCCCUCCCUCCUCCCCCACUGCACUCUCGUCUGUGGCAUGGCUUGUUCCAGAGACCGCAUGCUGCUGUGCCAUGGCAUCGGCGCCUCGGCAUUGGCGCCAUGGCAUGGGCGCCAUGGCAUCGGCACCAUGCCUGUCCAUUCCCCUCUAGCCUUCCUCGAAGGUCAAUACACCCCUUUGAAGCACCCCUCGGCACCGCUCUCCAUCUCUCUCUCCUGCACGACACCCUCUCCCCUGACAAGGCUUGCCUGAGAGACCAGACAAGGUCUGCAAGCCAGCAACGUGGCAUCAUUGACACUAUGGCUACCCAUGGCAAGCAUGCAACAUGGCAUCACCCAUGCCAUGGCUACCAGUGCUGCCCCUUCCAACUAUCCACCACUCUCCACCACUCAGCACCCUCCUUGUUUUGUUCAACACUGCCGUGUUUAAAGAACAUCCCAGGUACUGUAGCUGCUUCUUUUUCUUCCCAAGAAAUAACUGUGUUCUUCUCUGUGUUGUGUGGACGACUCAUCGUUUGUCUUAGUGUAUGUGUGAUGCUGGUGUGCUGCCGUAUGUUACACUUGAGACGUUUUUCCUUAUCCUCUGUACAUAUGAUGCUACAGCUGUAGAAUGGGGUUUUAAUAUC